AUGGUUGUUCAUCCAGUUGUUACGUGGGCACAGCGCUCCAGCGCAGACGAGCCGGAGAAAAACAUUUUGUUUGUUACAAUUGAAGUCCAAGAUCCUCAAAACUCCAAAAUUGACUUGAGCUCUGAGGCGCUCAAGUUUUCUGCUGGCACAUCCGACGGCAGCGAUACAUAUGAAUUAAACUUGGCAUUCUACGAUCAGGUCGACCCUGAGAAAUCUCAUUGGAAUGAAGCCGGAAAUCACAUUUCUUUUAUUAUCCGGAAAGCUGAUGCUAAAUCCGAGUACUGGCCUAGAUUGUUGAAAGAGAAGUUAAAGCUUCACUAUAUCAAAACUGAUUUCGAUAAGUGGGUUGAUGAGGAUGAACAGGAGGAACAAGCCGAUGAAGGAAAUAUGGAUAUGGCAAACAUGAUGGGAGGUCCUGGAGGUCCUGGAGGUCCUGGUGGAGCAGGAGAUUUGGAUUUCUCAAAGCUCUUGGCUGGAGCUGGCGCGGGAGGAGGUGGAACUCCUGAUUUAAGUGCCUUGGCUAGUCAAUUAGGUACUACUGAGUCAGCUGAAGCAUUGGAUGAAGAGCAAGAUGAACACAAUAACGAAGAGCAAUAA